AUGUCCCUUUGGAACGGCGAUACAAUAAAAGACGUCUCUGAGUCCGUCGGAGUCGUCAAUCUCAACGAAGAUGUCGCCAAAAACCUCGCAAUGGACGUCGAGUACCGCAUCCACCAGGUCCUUCAGGAAGCGCUCAAGUUCAUGCACCACGCCAGAAGAACUACGUUGGGGACUCAGGACAUUAGCAACGCUCUUCGGGUCCUAGACGUUGAGCCUCUCUAUGGUUAUGAGUCUGCCCGUCCGCUCCGGUUCGGGGAAGCGUCGCUGGGACAGGCUCAGCCGAUCUUCUAUGUCGAGGAUGAUGAGGUCGAUUUUGAGAAGCUUAUAAAUGCUCCGCUACCGAAAGUUCCGAGGGAUGUUACUUUUACCGGUGCGUGCUACUUCUCUCUACUUAUCGGGUGAUAGCCCGUAUAGCACCCGCUAACCGCUCCCUCCCCAGGCCACUGGCUCGCAAUCGAAGGGGUCCAACCUGCCAUCCCCCAGAAUCCCACACCUUCGGAAGCCGCUCGCCUCUCAGAAACGACCCCAAAGGGUGCCUCAUGCAAUACAACCCUCUCCAUUGCCUCAACCCUAAACCCCACAACCAACGAAACCGUCACCAUAAAACCCCUCGUGAAGCACGUCCUCUCAAAGGAACUCCAACUCUACUUUGAGCGAAUAAGCACCUCGAUAACCGAUGAAUCCACAAGCGAUGCAAUCCGCAACGCCGCACUCGCUAGUCUGCGCAAGGACCCCGGACUGCACCAAUUACUCCCCUACUUCGUGCAGUUCAUCUCGGAGAAGACAACACAUGGCCUGCGGAGCCUAUUCACGCUAACGCAGAUGAUGUCCCUGACUCACGCCCUUCUGGAGAACGAUUCCUUCUUCAUAGAACCCUACGUAUCCUCCCUAAUCCCUCCGAUCUUGACAUGUCUCAUCGGCAAGCACCUCGGCUCUUCCUCCUCUUCCGACCCCCACUCCCAGACACCGGCUCACUACGCACUGAGAGACCUCUCCGCCUCACUAUUGAAGCUCGUCUGCAAACGCUUCGGUGACUCCUCGCACACGCUCAAGCCAAGACUCACAAGAACCUGCCUGAAGCACUUCCUUGACCCCGCGAAGCCGCUACCAACCCACUACGGCAGUAUCAUUGGCCUCGCCGCGAUAGGCGGCCGAGAGGCCGUCAGAGUUCUAAUACUCCCCAACACAAAUCUCUACGAGAAGGUUAUCCGCCCAGAAAUCGAGGACGAAGGGGCGAGGAAGAGCGAGGCGGAGAUGUGUCUGAGCGCUUUGGUGGGGGUUAUCAAACAGUUAGAAGAGGAGGAGGGAGAGGGGGGGAGGAGGGGGGAAGAGGGAAAGGGAAAAAUGGCAUCGCGCCGGUCAUGCCGGGCGCCAGUGCCGAAGAGGUCAAAGCGCAGCUUAUCAGAAUCCUGGGAGAAUUGGUCGGUGAGGAAGUGUGGAAGCUCAGGCGAGAGGCGCUGGUUAAAGCGAUUAUUGAAGCUGGGGGG